AACGACUGGUCUUUAUUCUUUAUUUAUAUUUACCGAUUUUUAAUAAAUUUUAGAGCAUUCUGUGUGCUUACUGAAGCGUCAGCUCAAAUGUUUCUUCUGUUCUUUCCUCCUCCAGAUAAUCUCGGACGCUGCUCCACAGAUACCCCCUCUUCACGAUAUACCUUCUGACUAAACGCGAACUGACCAAAGGCUGAAGUCACAGCUAACUAUUUUUAAUAGUCAGAUUGUUUUAAUACCACGCUUCUGAUAUUAACUAAUAAAUCUAGAUUUCUCUCCUGUUCCUUUGACUUUCGGAUUCCACAACAUACCGUUCUUCGCAAAACAGUAACUUACCCUAAAAUUCGAUACACGCUUAUAAUAGGCCAAAAUCCGCCUAAUACUAAUAUUUAGGACAUGAUAUUCAAGCUGAUAAUAUUAUUAUCACUGUCAACAAUUUUGCGUAGCGAAGACUUUCCAUGCCGUUGUGACAUAAUCGAAAACCAUUGUGAGAGUGAAUGUUGCUGUGACAGUGACUGUACGCCUCAGUUGCUCCAACUGUUUAUAAAUUGUGGAGAAAACCCUCCAAAAGGUCCAUUACAAUUCUGCAAGCACAUGGUCUCAGAUGGUUUUGACCAUCCACUGUGCGUUUACUCCACAAACAAAAAUGCCGAUUACCCACUGGAAAGUUCUGUUGAAGCAAAAAACAUUCCAAGUGAUUCAGAUGAUUUAGGCCCCUAUUUGGUAGGUUCUCCAACACGAAUAAGCUAUGGAAUCGGUGGGGUUGUGCCUCUGACGUUUCCUCAAAUAAAUCAAGGUUCAUGUGAAAUGCUUCUUGUGGGCUUUGCUCAGUCAUUUGUCAGUUAUUGUGAUUGGAGUGUAGAAGAAAUUGAUGGGACAAAUAAUUUUAGAAGAACUAAUGUUAAAUGUAACCGUUUGGGUGAUGUGUUUCUGUCAGUCAAGAAUUCUAAAAUGCUAAAAACUAUGAAAUUAAAUGAAACCAAUUAUGAUGAGAUUGCACCUACUGUUGUUUGUUACAAACAAUCUACUAAUUCACCGAUUUCAUGUCCAACUACAGUACCAAAUAUUAUUGUAAAUAAUUCAAAUGAAACUAUUUGCUCAGGUGUACCAGUAUCGGUUUAUUUAAAAAUAACAUAUGAAGUAACUGGUACAGUUAGCCAAUUUGAAAUUCAAGCAACCAUUGGUGAUGUAAUGGGAACAUUUACACAAAAAUAUGAAGUUGAAUUUGUCCAAACAAAUGCAUCCAAUGAUUUGCCAAUGAGUGGAAAUCCUGGCUACCUGAUUGGUCGUCCAGUGAUAGGCGCCAAAAUAAACAUAACUGCUUUGUCAUCUCUUGGAUAUUUGGGAAAUACUGGUUCCGUAACCACCAUGAUACCUACAUCAAAUAUGAAAUUGUCUAUUAAAGGUGUAAAACAGCAAUUAAAUAAUGGAGUUUGGAAUAUCCUUUCUGGUGGUCCAUGUGGAACAGUUUUACAAGGAAGAGGUCUUUUAGUAGAACCUAUUAGAUUCGGUGAAGAUGUUUACAGUGGAUGUACAUUAAGUUUAACAUUUCUUGAACAAUUUACAAGACCUCAAAUGGAUUGGACCACACGUUGUGUACAAUAUCAAAAUAUAAUAUGGGCAAAUUUAUUGAAUCCACUUGGAAUUACAAAUGAAGAAGAUCGUAAAGGUUUAGGCAUAAAUUUUAUGUCAAACAAACCAGAUUUACUAGCAGUAUGGCCGAUAUCUAAAACAAAUCGCAGUUCUGAAUGGAUUCCUAUACAAAAUCUAAUCAAUAAUAAUUUUCCAACUACACCAAGAGGUUUGAAUGGUUAUUGUUAUCAAUUAUUAAUUGGACAAGAGAUUGAAAUACAAUAUUCACGUUUCGGUUCAAUGAUAUUUCCACAAAAUCAAAUUGUUGGAGCUAAAAGCAAUUAUAUUUAUGGUGAUGUAUUUUUCAUGAAACCGGGUUUAAAGAUUGAAAUCACACAACGAGUUCGGUUUGUUGAUGUGACACCGGUGGCUGAAACUCGAGAAAAAUUACAACCCUAUUUUCUUGUGCAGCUGCCAAGCGACUUUUUCUAUCCAUUUACUUAAUAAAAGUAUUUGUUUUUUAUUCAGAAUUAGACUGCACUCUUAAAAGCAUACCUAUUUCGUGAAUCCAAAAGUAAAUGUUUUUUCAUAUAAAUUCAAAGAACAUUGAAUAUUUCUGUACUGAUUGGGCAACCUAUAAUAAACAUGAAUGUUAGAUAUAUUUUACCUAUGACUGAAU